AAUGUACCGACUAGUGGGCUCGAGACAUUUCGGCAUGCAAUGCUAGUACUGAAGCUUUCUUGUCCUUCGCUAUAUGUCGUGCUGGACAUGCUGCAUGCGCCUACAACUUUAAUAGAGAUAGCUGCAAUAAGAAGGCCAUAGGAGAGCGCCUCGUUUGUCCAACCGGUUGACUUGUUAAAGAAUAUCCUUUAUGUGUGUCGGUAAGACGUCAUAAACUUUAAGUAUCAAUCAAUGGCCCAGCCAGACAGCGUACCACUUAGGAGGGGCCAGCAAACAUCCCAGUGAGGCAAUGUUCCUUUUGUUGGGAUACGACAGAAAGCGUGAAGAUUGUUAGUGGUUUGAUCUUGAAUGAAACCACAGUGCCAUUCGUAAACAUGACUUUUAAGAGGAGGGGAUUCUAUGCUAAUGUUGUGUAAUUAAACCCGAGACCGUUGCUUACCCCUAACGAUUCCGUGGACUGUGAGCGAUCACUAAGCUGUACCUUUACGCGCAAGCUCUGCAACAUGCGUGUACCAUCCUCUAACGGGCAUUUUGUUUGGCCAACAAACAUGACUUUUGUCAGUGGUUCAAACAUGAUUACAAAGUCCGGAUUCUGACUAGAAUACAUGCCUAAAAAUGAACGCAGCAAGGCUCGAGCCCAGUCCUGGUCGCUUUAUUCUUCCUAAUACUAAACCUCAUCUUCACUGUCCCAAUCCCGAAACUCAAGGCGACUGUCUGUAUCCAGCCCUUGAAGAUAAGCUUUCGCCCGACACAAAUGAUGUACCGAGGUACUGAAACUGACACCAUCCGCUUCAAAUGCCUGACUGAGGUUUCCUCUGCCGCCUGGUCUGCAGACAACCUUCAGAAGCGGGAACUUGUCACUCUUCACUGCUGGGAGCCCAUGUAAAGCUUUACUCACAAACGUCCAAUAUUGUGAUAAAUUUCAAGUGAAACGAUGGAGCGAGGGAGGAAUUCCACAAGUAUCUCCGCAUCAGCUGGUGACAUAGCCGCAUUGAUUGGUAUUCCUAACGUCGGGGGGGAAGGGUUGGGAAAUAAUAGAAGAAUGCUGAUCCAGAGAUGUUUUAGUGCCGUGAAGUCCCUCAUAUUAACUCCUGGCCCAACUCUUCUGAUAUCGCGAUGUCUAGCACUGAGAUCCAGGUGGAAUACCUGAAGGGUGCUCUUAUAACGCUGGAGAACAAAAUACUCUGCUACGAGCAGUUGGGAUGGCCUUUUCAGGCCGGAGAGCAGCAUAGCUAUCUGAAUCUCGAAAAUCAUAACAACGGCUACCCCGUCGCAUUAGACGCCGAUCUUCCUAUCGCCAUCUCGAUCGAUAAUGUACUCGGAUAUCUCCACUGUUGGCUCGGCAUUCAUCCAAGAAUUAUUGUGCGCCCAAGAGCCGGUGGACAGACUGGUACAAACUCGCUAUGUUCUCCGUGGGAAUAUAAGCUCUCAGCCACAAGUCUCAACUGCAAAAUACCCAUGUGGCUCACAACUUAGACAUUAUACUGCAAUCCCU